GGGUUUUAUUAAGACGAUUUCCGAUUCGAGGGUUCGUCCGGAGUCAGAGUCGAACAGCUGAAGGAUGAAUCCACUGACGCAGGUGAAGCGCAUACAGAGCAUCAAUUCCAAGGAAGCAGAUCUUGGUAUCUCUGAAGAAGCGUCUUGGCACGCCAAGUACAAAGAUUCCGCUUAUAUCUUCGUCGGCGGCAUUCGCCGCAUUCCUUAUGACCUCACCGAAGGUGAUCUCCUCGCAAUCUUUGCCCAAUAUGGCGAAGUUGUUGAUGUCAACCUUGUUCGGGACAAGGGAACUGGCAAGUCGAAGGGUUUUGCGUUUCUUGCGUAUGAAGAUCAAAGAAGUACUACUCUUGCUGUAGAUAACCUAAAUGGAGCUCAGAUUUUAGGUCGGAUUAUCAGGGUCGAUCAUUGUAGUAAAUACGUAAAGAGAGAAGAGGAGGAUGACGAAACCUUGCAGCAGAAGAGGGAGGCACGCGGUGUGUGCCGUGCUUUUCAGAGAGGAGAAUGUACCCGUGGAGCUUCUUGCAAAUUUUCCCACGAUGAAAAAAGAGCUGCCAAUACCGGUUGGGGUCAUGAAGAGGAUAGAAGUUCCAGGUGGGAUCAUGACAAGUUUGAUGGGAUGAAAACGGGUGGUACGAGUUAUGGUGAUCGAGGAAAAGUUAGGCCUGAUGAUAAAUAUAGUAGCUAUGGAGAAAAGGAUUAUAAGGGUGCCUCAGAUGGCCACCCUAGGGAGCGUGGCAGGAAGGAGGAAACAAGACUUGGUUGGCGCGAUAGAGAUUAUGAAAGCAAGUUGCGAGGUGAUCGUGAAGACAGGCAUGAAAGAAAACCAAUAAGGGAUGACGAUGGUUUUGAACGUGAGCCUAGGUCAAGAGAUACUCGCGAUAGGAGGGACGAAAAGAGGGGGGCACAUCAUGACGAUUCAUCAGAGCAGCAAUCCAGAAAAUAUGUUACUGAAAAUGAUUAUAAGAGAGACGACAAGAGAUCCAGAAGACAUGACAGUGAUGAGUUGAAGGUGAAAUCUAGAAGAGAUAAUAAUGGCAGGGAGAAAGGAGAAUCGAGAAGGCAAAUGGAAAGCUCCCCAAGACGAGAUAAAAAAGGGAUGGAUGGCAAAUGGGCUGUCCAUGAGAAGGAUUCUUCCUAUGGUCAUCAUGGAGAGAGAGAUGAUCGGCGUCGCUGAAGGGAUAGAUAGUGGGACUUGACCGACUGCAGCCUUCCCAGCGUGUCUGGUUAAAUGCGAUGCUUGCAACUCCUGCGGCCCUGGGCAUCUUAAAGAGGUAAAAUACAUGUUUUCUGUUAGCAGUUUGUUUUCGAUUAUACAGAGAAAUUAUCUAGUUCUCACUGGUGCACAGUUUGGGAGGAAGCACAAUGACUGAGGGUCCAUUGGUUUGGUUUUUCCUGUGAGAGGUUUUUUUGGAUUUACCCUUCCUUGCAUCUGUUAUUCUCUUUGUUCGAUGAUGGCCUCGAAGGUGUAUGUUGUUUAAGUUUUAAUAUGUUUAUAAAUUAUAAUACAUGUUAGCUUAUUGCUGGGGAGAUUUUGGGGGCUUAAUUGACUCUGUCUGUGAAAGUGAAAUUGUUAAUGGUACAGUUGUAGUAACAUGCGAGAUGUUUCAUAUUGUGUAGGGAUCUCCUUCUGCGAUUGGCUUGGUCAAUGAAAAUGAAUCGAAGAAUUAUGAUUUUAUGUGUCUGUGUGCUCGCAUUACUGGGUUGUAUAGUAAUAUUUUAAGUUAUCUUCUGGUGGGUUUGAAUCAUGACUUUUCAAUUUUUUAUUUUUUACAAGGGUAUUUUUUUAAUGAUUUUUGCAGCCCGUUGUGUUGUAGUCACUGUUGAGAACUUGUCAAAACAUAUCCUUGAGAGCUUUUUCUUGAAA